AUGACUCAUCUGCGCAAAACUCAGAAAACUAACGAAUCUCUUAGAGCAAGUCCACCCUUGCUUCAAAACCGGGCAAAAGGCAGCCCAGGGGGGAAGGAAGCAGCUCCAGCACGCAAGGGCCAGCCCUGGCAAGAGUGGGUCCCACGAGCCCAGGCAAGCCCACGGGAAAAUUCAGCCCGAGCUGCUGCCAGGGCAAACUGA